AAAAAAAAAAAAAAGAAACUCCCUGACAUAAGUGAAAUUCCAGGGUAAGGAUUGCAGAAAAUCCUGUACUACUUCGGAACUGCUGAGAGUUAGCAAAUUCCUAUCAAGAAUAUCCAUGUCUCCUCCUUUAUUUCUAGUUCCCAAUUCCAAUACCCUCUGUUAUCACCAUUCCAUUUUUAUUAUCAACCACAAAACUAUUCUUUUUUCCAAAUCAUUCAAUUCUAAAGUUACCACCUUUUCCUCCAAACCCAAUGAUAAUAAUCAUACCAGCAAAAACCUGGAAGAAUGCAAUCUUGAAUUUGAAAAUCAAGAUUAUGAGUCACAAUCAAACCCCACUUCACAUACAAGUUCAGGAAUUAAAGGCCCUACUGCUCCAUGGAUGAAGGGUCCUCUUCUUCUUGAACCCAAUCACGUUUUGAACUUAUCCAAAUCAAGAAGGAAGAAAGAUACCAACUUUGUUAUAACACAAAAUCCUAAUGAUGCACUUUCUGGUAAAGUUAGUGGAGGAAGAGGUAAAAAAGCAAUGAAGAAGAUUUACCAAGGAAUUGAUAGACUCCAAGAAACACAAAAUUUGGAAUUUACACAGGUGGAAGCUGAUGCUAAGUUUGAGUUUCAGUUCCCACCAGGAUCUUUAGCUCAAUGGGAAGAUGUGAGCUUUGAAUUUGAUGAACAAACCCCAUAUGGGAAGCACGACAAUGUGGAAAGCAUUGAGAGAGUUGAAUUUGAUAUUUUAUCAAGAGAGUGUGAAGGAAAAGGGAUUAGAAAAAAUGGGGGGAAAAUGCCAUGGGAGAGUGAGGAGAGAAUUUGGUAUAGGAGAAUGAAUAAGGAGAGAGUUCCCACGACUGCUGAGUCGAAUAUUGACGCAAUGUUGCUCGAGAGAUUGAGGGGUGAGGCUGCGAGGAUUCAGAAGUGGGUGAAGGUUAAGAAAGCAGGAGUUACCCGAGCUGUUGUUGACCAAAUCCACUUAGUUUGGAAGUAUAAUGACCUUGCAAUGCUCAAAUUUGACCUGCCUUUAUGCCGUAAUAUGGACAGAGCUCGAGAAAUUAUUGAGAUGAAGACUGGAGGCUGUGUUGUUUGGAGGAAUAAAAACGCUCUGAUUGUUUAUAGAGGAUGUGAUUAUACUUUACGACAAAAGGAUGACCCAGAACUACAUCAUGAUUUUCUAUGCAGUCAACAAAGCUCUUCAUUUACUGAAAAUAUUGAAGAGACAAGUACUUUCUCGUCAUUGAACUCAAGCGGAAGCAGUGAAGAGGAAAUGAUAAGUGGUGAAAACUCAGAAGCGGAUAGCGUAGCAGUAAAUGAGUCACUUUAUGAGAGGGAAGCUAAUAGAUUAUUGGAUGACUUAGGACCUCGUUAUGUUGAUUGGUGGUGGCCAAAGCCUUUGCCUGUGGAUGCAGAUUUGCUUCCUGAAGUAGUUCCUGGAUUUAAGCCACCAUUUAGACUUUGCCCGCCACAUUCAAGAUCAAAGCUGACAGAUGAUGAACUUACACACUUAAGGAAACUUGCUCGUUCUUUGCCAACUCAUUUUGUCCUUGGGAGAAACAGAAAACUGCAAGGCUUGGCUGCAGCAGUCAUAAAAUUGUGGGAGAAAUGUCAUAUAGCAAAGAUAGCUUUGAAGUGGGGAAUUCCAAAUACUAGCAAUGAGCUAAUGGCAAAUGAACUGAAGUAUCUUACAGGAGGAAUCCUUUUAUUGCGGAAUAAGUUCUUUAUAAUCCUAUAUAGAGGCAAGGAUUUUCUUCCUUCUCAAGUUGCAAGCCUUGUAGCUGAGAGAGAGGUGGAGCUCACAAGAUGUCAGCUUGAGGAAGAAGUUGCCCGUUUCAAAGCAAUUGAAACCCUUCCAAUAACUACUGAGGUAUCAAUGAGUAGUAGUAAUGUUGGGACUUUAUCAGAAUUCCAGACAAUUGCAGAACCUGGAAAGGAGAAAUCUGAGAUUGAAGUUCAAUUGGUGGCUGAAAAGGAAAGAUUAGAAAAAGAAUUGAGGAAUCAACAGCACAGCCUUUACAUUCUCAAGAAGAAGAUUGAAAGAUCAUCUAUAACAUUGGGAAAGUUAAAUGCUGCAUGGAGACCUGCCAGACAGGAUGAAGAUAAAGAGAUCUUAACACAGGAAGAGAAACGUUCUCUUAGGCAGAUAGGAUUGAAGAUGGACAGGAGUUUAGUGCUUGGGAGACGUGGUGUUUUUGACGGUGUAUUAGCUGGUCUCCAUCAGCAUUGGAAGCACAGAGAAGUUGUUAAGGUGAUCACAUUGCAGAAAAUCUUUUCUCAGGUCAUUCAUACUGCAAAGCUCCUGGAGGCAGAAAGUGGUGGAAUACUGGUUUCUGUGGACAAACUUAAAGAAGGUCAUGCUAUAAUAAUUUAUCGGGGAAAGAACUACAGGCGCCUGGAAUUGGUUCCUCAGAAUCUUCUAAACAAAAGACAAGCUUUAUGCCGGUCCCUUGAAAUGCAGAGACUUGGAUCAUUGAAGUUUUAUGCAAAUAAAACAGAGCAGGAAAUCACAGAUCUUAUGCGCAAGUUGGUAGAAUAUACAGUAAAGAUUGGUCAAAUGGGGGAGAUCUAAAAGCUUGUGGCACAGUCAUAACUACUAUUGCUCUUGAUCUCUGUCUUGACAUGGUCUACAUACAUCAGCGCGAAGAGAGUUCACCCAUUGGCUAGCUGAGUAUUAUGGGGAAAUAACGACUAUUGCUUUGAAAGCCCUUGAUUAAUGACCUUAGAGCUUGUUAAUUUUGUGGUGGAAAAUCUGUGCAUCUUGGGAUUUCACUGUUGAGAAAAGUAUGCAACUUGGAGAAGCAUUCAACUUUGUGAUUCUCCUUGAUGAGACAUAAUAGAGUUUCGGGAUGAUGGUGGACUUGCAGAUGAGCAAUGGAUUGAUAAAGUAGCAUUGCUAACAUUACAGCAUAGACAACUUUCUAAGACUGCUACUUGUUGCAUGAUCUGGUAAGGUUUAAGAUUAGUUCCAGAACUCAGACGUCAAGUCCCAUGACCUGUAUUACAGGAAAAUACCUGUUGAAGCAUUAGGUAGGUCCACAUCUACACUUGAAAUCAAUAAAACAGACAUUUGAAGGAGGGGGAGGCGAACAUACGACAGGGAUUUGUUCCAUACAGCACGGAGUCGAUAACAUUAAUUGCACUGCUGAUUUCGAAGGGCACUGUUCCUCUUCUCUUGCAGCAACUUCGUGAAAUUGUGCCAAUUCCAGGUUUGAACUACUGCAGACAUGUCUUAUAUUUUCUACUGAAUGGCGACAUAGGUGUUAGUGCAACUGGCAAAAACAAGUGUGAUCAGGUUGUGGCUGCUCCUUUACAGCUGGAGAUACAACAUAUAAUUUGGAUGCCAACCUUGGGCAUCAUUUACUCUGGCACAUGCCUUGUAUGACACAAACUAGAUUAAUUAAAUGAGUUAGCAUGUUUGGUGAGGCCACCAUAAACGUGAAAAUUAUGUUCUCUCUCUGUUUGGUGCUAGUUGGCAAUAAUUUUAUCAACACAUUAUCAAGCAGUUUUGUUAUUUA